GCGGAAUAUACGGGCGUUGGGUUGGUUGUAUAUACUGUACAUAUUAGUGAGUUGUGGGGGCUAGUCAGUUGCAUGAACUUCAUUCUCAUUAAGUCUGUACAUAUAAGACGAUAUAAAAGUUCGCACUUGUAGAAUUGAUCUAAUAAGUGCUUACAUUGGCUACCCUACCCGAAUUCGAUUGGAGCUUCAAUGGAAUUAUCUUAGAUGGAUAUAUAUUUAUAAAUAUUUACAAAAACGAAUAUGAUUACAUUGAAUCGCUAUAACCAGUAGCAGGAUUUUUCGUACUUAGCUCCAGCUAACAAGUUUCGAAGCCCCGUUUGAGCUUUGGCUCUACUAACUGUGUACAUACUUAGGAUUGGUGAGGGUAUCAAGUUAACACAUGUCAGCUGAAGAGGUGGCUCGUGUUACUCCAGACUUGACAGGAUUGUUAUCAACUUCAAUACCACCUCCGGGAUUUUCAGUUGGCGGUUCCACGACUUCACUGGGUGAUUUGACAAUAACCACUCCAGGUUCCAGUUCCAUUAACUGCAAAUCGCUAAACGUUGGUUAUCCUCCUCACUGGCCUGCUACACUCCCUGAUCUCAAUCUGUCUGUUUUCCAAGAUGGUACUACUCAGCUCCCUGAUGCACUCUGUUUAACCGAUGAUGAUGCACUUGAUAUAGCUGCUAAUUGUGCAAACUCUACGGGUGUAUGCUUAGAUAUGCAAGCAAAGGAGAACAUUGAUGAUUGUGGUUCUGAUUUACCUCACCACUUUCACAAUCUCUCUAUAAUCGGUUCUUCUCGAGCUAACCAGAUUUGGGCUGUUGGUGCAGAGCGUCGGAUAAGUACAACACCUGGAAGUGAUACUGCUGGGGGAAGCAAUUGCAGUUCCGGACUGCUUUCUUGUUUUGGAGACUCACAUUGUAGUGUCGGUUCAGGUAAUUUCAGUGCCAAUGGAGUAAAUUACAACAGUGCAGCAAGUGGAGAAGCCCAUUCGUUUGUGGGUAGUGGUGUCACUGGGGAUAUAACUCCUUUACCUGGACAGCUUGGACAUCUUACUGCUUCCAACGGAGCAGCCGUUCCUGGAAGGUUAGAGAACCAACACCCUCAAGAAAAUUCUAAUAUGGCACCAUUUGAUUUGUUAUCUAUCUGGGAACCUCGUCAAAACAAUUCACAUCACGUUUGGUUACCUGAUCCUUCACAGGAUUCAGUUACAGCAAAUACAACUGCGGGAAAUUGCGCUGCUACUAGAAAUGAUUGUCCGGAAGAACAAGAUAAUCAUAAUCAUUUAAAUUUAGGAAUUGAUAAUGGAGCCGAAAAUGAAGUGCUUCCAUGGAAUUGGGAUACAGCUUGUGGUUUAGCGAACACAACUUCAUGGCGUGAUUUGUUUCCCGAAUGUAAAGACAAUGAACCGACUAACUUACCGUAUAACAACACAGAAAACGAUGAUAUGAACCAUUCAAAUGCACCGGAUUUUGGAGCUCAUGCACCUUCAGGUCUAUGGUCAUCAUCUAUGCACAACGUUACAUCGUCUAUACCAAUUUCAGCAUCAUCGCCUUUGAGCACUCAACCUGCCAUUCUUUUCGGGUCUGCAAUGGGUCUUGUUUCUGAAUCUAAUGAUCUCGAUACUUUACAACCUUCACAUCAACGAGCUCUUCAAGAUCAGCCUGAUGGAUUCAAUGAUGUUACAAUGUCUAGAUCGAAUGCAUCAUUGUUUGCACAAUCUAAUUCUACUCUAAUCAAUUCUCGUCCAACCACUUUUCGUGGCCCAUCAGCGUCCAAUUCUGAUUUAAAUUCCAUAUCAGAUACAACUGCAUCCAAUCUAUUCUCAUUACCUUCAAGUACAGCUAUGCCGAAUUCAUUGCUUGCUAUUCCUCCUCUGUUUCUUUUCGGUCAAUCUGCUGAGUCAGAGUGUUCAGGACUUAUGACACCUGCAGCAAACAUCAAUACUUUACCAGCGUCAUCAACACCUCUCCAAAUUCCUGUCUCCUUUGUUGGUGGUCAAGGUUCUGCUUUUGGACCACCCUUUCAGCCAAAUGAAGCUCAUAUUAUGAAUGAUAUUUAUACAAAAUAUCCAGGUAUUUUUCCGCCACCUGGCUUAUGUGCUGUUAAUUCAACGUCGUCAAGUAAUUGCACUACACCAACUUUAUCGUCAGUUCCAGUUAUAUCAACUACAUCUACCGUUUCUCAAUUACCACCGGGAAAUUUCGAAGGAGGAAAUCCACUUUGUGAAUCCAAUAUGAUCAACAAUACUAAUUAUCCAUUCGGUUAUAAUGUACCGCCUACAUCUCAAUUGAAUAUGAUGAUGGAUCCACAAUCAAUGGCUAUGGCUAUGACACUGUUUAUGUCACAAGGAGGAGGAGGCGCAUCUAGUAAUAAUAAUAAUAGUAAUGCUAAUAACAAUAAUAAUGGUAGUCAACUUCCUCCAACACCUUCACAAGCACCUCAAUGGAAUCAUGUAGCUUUCAUGAUUAUGCAACAAUUAGCUAAUGGUAUGGCAAACAAUCCAGGCUGUGUUGUAUCAUCCACUCCGAAUACAAUGAUUGAUAAUAUUACACCAUCGAUUAAUGAUGGUGGUAAUACAAUGGUAGAUCAAUCACGUCUUGCUGCUGGAGCAUUUGCUUUCUUUCAAGCUCAACAACAAUUAAUGAAUGCUGCACAACACCAACAACAACAACGUCAUACUACUGCUGCUCUUAACAGUGGUGGUGGUGCCGCCGGUGGUGGUGGUAACGUUGUAUCAAAUAAUAAUUCUUCUAAUUGUAUUAUUGCUCCAAGUAUUACUUCAUCAACAGCUUUAGUUGCACCAUUCACAUCUAGUGUUGUUACUAAUUCAUCUAAUUAUUUUGGAGGUUUGUAUUCGUCUGGUUCAGUUGUUGCUGGUUUAAAUCCUGGCAAUUUUUCAAUACCGAAUGGAAUCAAUUUACUACCACCGGUUGGUCUUUUACACUCGGAAACAAGCGGUAGUCCUAAUUCAGUUGCUGGAGAUGUAUCGAGUUACAAUCGUAUGCCUGUUUCGCAACCACCUGGAGCUUUAGCAGUUAGUCUGCAUAUUUCGCCAACAUCAACAGGACUUCAACGACCUCCUUUACCUGUUUCAACUGGGUUUUCAUCAUCCACCCCGUAUGCAUUCAAUUUCGACGCAUCGAUGCAUAAAAAUCGUGCUUUUGCUGCCGCGUUUGCUGCUGCAUCAGGUGUGGCUGUUACUGCUACCCCUCCGCCUGGCAUGGGUCCCAACCCUAACCUUCGACCCACUGGAGUGAACCAUCCGGCCCUCUUAGGAAGUAGGGCUCCAGUUCCACCACCCCUUAUGCCUGUAGUUACUGGUCGUGGUCCUGGUCUACUAUCUGCCGUACAUUCUCAAACUGUUCAACACAGUCCAAAUUAUGCUGCCGCUCUUCAAUCACACCAAAAUAUCAACCAGCGACUUCCAGCUCCUUUACUUUCGCCACUUCCUUUGACUUUAUCUGGUACUGCUUCUUCAAGGCCUAGUUCGGUUGUUGGUGUAAACAUCACAGCACCUGCUCCACUGGUUGUCACCACUGUGUCUAGCCGAAGUCAACUGUUAGAAGAUUUUCGAAAUUCAAGUGCACGGUUUCAGCACAUGCAUCUAUCAGAGUUACGUGAUCAUAUGGUUGAAUUUGCUCGUGACCAACAUGGAUCUCGAUUUAUACAACAGAAGCUAGAGACUGCUACGACCGCUGAGAAGAAUUCAGUUUUCAAUGAAAUACUACCACAUUCGGGAAAACUAAUGACUGAUGUAUUUGGGAACUAUGUGAUACAAAAGUUUUUCGAAUUUGGAACAAAAGAGCAAAAAGAACUCCUCUCUCAGCGUCUACAAGGUCAUGUUGUCGAAUUUGCUACUCAAAUGUAUGGUUGUCGUGUUAUACAAAAAGCAUUAGAAUCUGUACCAGCCGAUGCAAAAAUACAUAUAGUUAGUGAGCUAAGACCAUUUGUGACACGGUGUGUAAAAGAUCAGAAUGGAAAUCAUGUUAUUCAAAAAUGUAUUGAAUGUGUUCCACCGUCAGAGCUUGAUUUUAUCAUUUCAGCUUUUCGUGGUCAAGUGGUUUUACUUUCAUCACAUCCCUAUGGUUGUCGAGUUAUUCAGCGUAUUUUGGAACAUUGUCUACCUGAACAAACACGUCCGAUUCUUGAUGAAUUACACAAAGGUGUGGAACAUUUAGUCAAAGAUCAGUAUGGUAAUUAUGUGAUUCAACAUGUUUUAGAGCAUGGUUCAAACGAGGACAAAUCACGUAUUAUUCAAAGUCUACGUGGUCGAGUAUGUGCUUUAAGUUCGCAUAAAUUUGCAUCGAAUGUUAUGGAGAAAGCAAUUGCCAAUGCUGCACCAUCUGAACGAGCUAUACUAAUUGAAGAAAUUUUACAUCCAAUCUCUAAUGUGAAUAAUAAUAAUAAUAAUAGUAAUAUGAAUGGAGAUGCUUCAACAGCAACCAGUAAUAACAAUAAUAAUAAUAAUACUAGCAACAACAACAACAGCAGUAUCUCUUCAUCUUUAGUUGAUAUGAUGAAAGAUCAAUAUGCAAAUUAUGUUGUACAACGUAUGCUAGAAUUAGCUGAUAAUGAACAACGUCGUGUAUUAAUUAAUAGAAUACGUCCAAUGCAAAAUGUACUGCGUAAAUUUAAUUAUGGUAAGCAUAUUAUAGCUAAAUUGGAAAAAUACAAUAAUGUAACUGGAAGUAAUAAUUCCACCGGGAAAGGUUCACCUGCCAACAAUAACAGUAAUGGUAAUAAUAGUAAUACAACUAGUAAUAAUAAUAAUAAUUUGUCGGCCUCGAACAAUAAUUCUUCCACCAAUCAUGUUUCUUCUAAAACUUCUAAUCAUAAUAGUAGUAGUAGUAAUACUAAUGGGAAUAGUAACAAUAAUAAUGGUAGUUGUAAUAACAUCGGUAAUAGUAGUAGUAGUAGUAGUAAUAAUACUAGUGGAACGCCAUCAGUCAAUAAGUCAUCUGGUUCGAACUCUGAGAGUAAUGGUACGACAGCAUUACAACAGAAUGAUUCUUCUACGAGCUCCACCAACACCACCACGUCGACAACAACUACAACUUCAACAACACACAAAUCAUCAAACGACAAAUCUAAUCAUCGUACUUAG